AUGGCAUUUACCACAAAAAGGAUGAGCAGUGGAGGCUCCGGGAUGAGCAUGAGUAGCUUCAGUAGUAGUGGUGGUGGUGGUGGUGGUAUUGGCGGCGGCGGCGGUGGCCGAUCUUACUCCUCAAGAUCGAUGGUUGUCAGAUCAGGACCGAGGAUGUCAUCCGGCAUGUCAAUGAGCAAGCAAAGCAUCGGUGGUGGCGGCUACGGUUUUGCCUCUGGUGGUGGAGGUGGUUUCAGUAGUGGAAGUAGUUUCGGUGGUGGUGGUGGUUACGGCAGCGGCGGUGGUUACGGCAGCGGCGGUGGUUUCGGCGGCGGCGGCGGUGGUUUCGGCGGCGGCGGUGGUUUCGGCGGCGGCGGUGGUUUCGGCGGCGGCAUGAUCGCACCCAUCACAGCCGUCCAGUGCAACCAGAGCCUGCUGUCCCCCAUGAACAUUGAUAUCGACCCCAACAUCCAGACCGUCCGAACCCAUGAGAAAGAGCAGAUCAAGACUCUAAACAACCGCUUCGCCAGCUUCAUUGACAAGGUUCGCUUCCUGGAGCAGCAGAACAAGAUGCUUGAGACCAAGUGGAGCCUGCUGCAGGAUCAGACCACCACCCGCUCCAACAUUGACGCCAUGUUUGAGGCCUACAUCGCCAAUCUGCGCAGGCAGCUGGAUGGGCUCGGCAACGAGAGGGUCAAGCUGGAGGGAGAGCUGAGGAACAUGCAGGGCCUGGUGGAGGACUUCAAGUGCAAAUAUGAAGAUGAAAUCAACAAGCGUGCCAGCGUGGAGAACGAGUUUGUGCUUCUCAAAAAGGAUGUAGAUAGCGCCUACAUGAACAAGGUUGAGCUGGAGGCCAAGGUCGACUCCCUUCAAGAUGAGAUCAACUUCCUCAGAGCCGUCUUUGAGGCGGAACUGCGUGAGCUCCAGGGACAGAUCAAGGACACCUCAGUCAUUGUGGAGAUGGACAACAGCCGUAACCUGGACAUGGACUCCAUUGUGGCUGAAGUCAAGGCUCAGUAUGAGACCAUCGCCAAUGCUAACCGUGCAGAGACUGAGCAGUGGUAUCAGCAGAGGUUCCAGGAGAUGCAGACCAAUGCAGGCCAGGCCGGAGAUGACCUCCGCAGUUCCAAGAGUGAGAUUGCUGAGCUCAACCGCAUGAUUAGCCGCCUCCAGAAUGAGAUUGAGGCAGUCAAGGGACAGCGCGUCAACCUGGAGGCCCAGAUCGCUGAGGCAGAGGAGCGCGGUGAGCUGGCCGUUAAAGACGCCAAGGCCCGCAUCAGGGAUCUGGAAGAUGCCCUGCAGAGAGCCAAACAGGACAUGACCCGCCAAGUCCGCGAAUACCAGGACCUGAUGAACAUCAAGCUGGCUCUGGACAUUGAGAUCGCCACCUACAGGAAACUGCUGGAAGGAGAGGAAUUAAGAAUCAACACUGGCGGUGGAUCUGCAACCAUCCACAUUCAGAGCUCAAGCUCCGGUGGAGGCGGAGGCGGAGGCGGCGGCUAUGGCGGCGGUGCCGGUGGCGGCGGUUUUGGCCUCGGCUAUGGCGGCGGUGCCGGUGGCGGCUAUAGCAGCGGCGGUGGCAGCAGCUUUAGCGCCGGUGGCAGCAGCUUUAGCAGCAGCGGCGGCUAUGGAGGCAGCAUGUGGGGAGGCUAUGGAGGAUGCGUGAGCAUGGGUGGCGGCGGCGGCGCCAUCAUUUCAAAAAUGAGCAGCAGCAGCAGCAGCUCACAACGCCGUUUUUAAAAACAGCAGCCGUCUUUCUCUCCAUUCUUCUUCUACCCUCAUUUUGUUCUCCUCCUCAUGUUCCCCUCCCUCUCUCCCUGACGACCACUUAAAAAGCCUCCAAAU